UCGGUUAAGAUAGAUAGCACGCCACCUAUGUUCUACUAUAAAUAAGACAUCUCACAACGCAAAUCUCUCUACCACACAUAUCACAGCACCAAGUCUUUUGAGCUACAAAGUCCAGAGUUCAUCAAUGGCUAUGAGUUUGAAACUUUUCUCCACCAUCUCUACCACUCUGCCUGAGUGUUGCUAUUGCAACGAACUAGGAAAUUACUACAGAAAAGGGAAGUCUGGGCAGUCAACAAACCAAAGAAGGUAAUAUUUUGGAUUCUUAAUUAAAAAAAAUAUGUGAUUGUUUUUGCAUUUAAACGAAAUACCAAAUAAUAAUCCUAAAUACAUAAAUGGGGGAUAGGUUGAGUAGAAAUGCUUUUGAAAAGUCCUGCACCAAACUCAAAGAAGUAUGUGAUUAAUGAUGUAGAUGUACCAAUGAAAAAGAAUCUGAGGGUUCAACACCCCAAUAAUGCCCAACACAAGAGAAUGAAAAAUAAUGAGCAAACAAGAUGAGUAGUACGGGAGUGCAGGAGAAAGAAGAAGAUGGAUGGAAAACAAUCUCUUUUGGUUUUUGUUAAAACUUAACAAAAGUUUUAUUUUUGUGUUUGAAAUUCUGAACUUGAAGCAACUGGAACUGUGUCUUUUGACUCCGAAAUGCUCUAUUACCGUGUAUCUAUUUUGUAUUUUUUCUGGAUUGCAGUUUAAAUAUGAUACAGAUCAGGAAUGUAAACCAACCCAACCAUUUAUGUCACUUGAGCAGGAUCAACAAAUAAGGAGCAUACUAACAAAACAGAGGCCUGAGAGACUAAGAGCUACAAACUCAUUCUCAGAUAGAGCUCAACAUUCCCUUAAUGCUAACAAAGAAAAAUUUACAUUUGUAAAGUUAUUAUUCCAACUGUUGUAAUUGUAAAAUCGUUAUUGGUAAUAAGUUGUAUACAAUUCAUUUUUUAAUAUAAGUAUUCACUACCUACCACAUCUAAUGAAUAAAUAAUAUAUGAUCGAGCAAACAUUGAUUGAUAAA